CUUAUGUCUGUUGAUUGUGAAGAAUCAUAUAGUAGAUUUUGACUUCUAAGUUUUAGUGCUGUUUUAAAAUACGGUAUAUUUUUAACUAUGCUUAGAUAUAAAUUUUAAGCAGCUGUCAAUACUCAAUACUAGUCUUCUGAAAUCUAUUUUAAUUCUCGAAUUAAGUAUGAAUGAAAAAUUAGAAAAUGAAGAAUCUAUUGUAUUGAAAUUUGUUCAAGAUUUUUUCGCUAGCUACGACAUAAAUCGUCAUGUCCUCCAUACAUUUUUCCCAGAAGAUGGUACAUUUAUUAUACUUGGCAAUCGCAUGUCUGGCCAUUCAGCUAUUCAACAAGCUAUGUUAACAAUGGCUACAGCAACUCAUCUACUAUUCAGUAUUGACAUUGUAAGUCUUAGCAUGCCAUUGCCAGAAAAAGUAUCUAUGUAUCAAGUAUUAUGUGCUGGUAAUGUCGAGUUUGGAGGUGAUGCACAAACACAUGGAUUCACUGCUACUCUUCUAGUUUAUUUUUUGAGGCCUAAUGUUUUGAACGUCGUAUCAUAUAAUGAACGAUGUCAGUGGCCUAAGUUGUCCUAAUAUUAAUUAAAUAAACAAAUUUAUUAAUUGUUAAAAAUGUACAAAAAAAAAAAAAAAAAUGUUUUUUAUUUCAUAAUAUUAUAUUCUAAAGUCAAAAUGACUAUUUUGUUUUAUCAAAAAAAAAGAUAAAUAAAUAAAUUGAAUGAUUAGAAAUAAAAAAUUUUGAGCGUAUAAUCAUACAGACAAUAAAGGUUUUUUUCCUCUACACAAAUGAUAAGUGUUUAACUUCAUGUACAAUAACAAUAAACGUUAAUCUUUUUUAUAUACAUUGAGAUAUUUACAAAAUUAAUAAGCUUUAAAAUAUUAACAUUUAUGAAAACACUAUGUAUCUGUACAAUGAAUAUUUCACAUCAAAUGGAUGACAAAUCACAGAUCAGAUAAUAUUACAUAAUUGAAACAGCAUUGUACAAUGAAUAAUUAAGUAUUUUAUCAUGUUUUACAUACAAAAACAUUAAGCUAAUCAUAAAAUAUUCUAGAUUUGAAUCCGUACAGUUUAACUAGGUACCACAAACUGUGUACUCCUAAGGAAAUACUUCCAAUAGUGUUAAUUUG